AAAUACCUCGGAUGUUACCAAGAUAAAGUUAGUCCCAGGUUAAUGAGUUUCGUGCGACAUUAUGUAGAAAGUGUAACACAGUGUCUCAGAAUUUGCCACUCGCAUGAUUUUAAAUAUGCUGGACUACAAUAUGGCACAAAAUGUUAUUGUGGAAAUCGAUACGAUACAUAUGGAAAAUCAAUGGGUUGCUACAGGAAAUGCAGAAGCGGCGAAUUGUGUGGAGGAUACUUAGCAAGUUCAGUGUAUACGUCUGAACCACCUAGAGAAAAUUGUGUAAACGCUGUUGCUGAUGUGGUAUUUGCCUUGGAUGAAUCUGGCAGUGUGAGAAGCUCAAACUUCAUGCUUGUGAAACAAUUUGUAAAAGACCUCAUCCAUGCCUUCCCAGUUUCUUAUACCGGUGUUCACAUUGGCAUAAUUACAUUCAGUUCUAAAGUAAAAAAUGAAUUCAAUUUGAACGCAUACUACACUCAUGAAGGAUUAUUCAAAGCCAUUGAUCAGAUCGAGUACAACGAAGGCGCUACAUAUACAAAUAAGGCUUUGGAUUAUAUAAGAUUGCAUUCAUUUACCCCUGAAGCGGGAGACAGGAAAAAUGUUCCAAAUAUAGUUAUUGUCAUCACAGACGGACAGUCAUCCCGUCCCCACGACACAAAGCUAGCAGCACGAUUAUUAAAGUCCACCGGAGCUGUAAUCUUUGCUAUAGGCGUUGGAAAGAAUAUAUCAAAUGACGAACUACUUAAAAUAUCUUCUGAUGAAAAUAACAAAAAUGUGUUCACUGUAAUGAAUUUCUCGGCAUUAAAAAGUAUUCAAAAGAACUUAAUUGUGAAAGCGUGUGAUGAUAUCGAGCCAUGCGCUCGUAAACCCUGUAAAAAUGAAGGAAAAUGUUCAAAGAAUGGCACGAAUUUUAUUUGUACAUGUAAAUUGGGAUAUACAGGCCGUGACUGUUCAACCGCGGAUCCUUGUAGCAGUAAGCCUUGCCAAAAUGGAGGAUUCUGUGCAAAACGUGGUACAAGUUAUGUCUGCUUUUGUACUGCAGGCUUCAGAGGAAGACAUUGUGAUAUAGAAAAUCCAUGUGCGUUGAAACCUUGUAAGAAUGGUGGAAUAUGUUUGCAAGAUAGAAAAGGAUUUACUUGCGAAUGUAAACCAGGAUAUAGAGGAAGUAAUUGUUCUAUAUGGGAUCCUUGUAGCAGCCAACCUUGUCAAUAUGAAGGAAUUUGCAGUAAUACAAGAGAUGGAUUUGUAUGUCGUUGCAAGCCUGGUUUUAGGGGAAUCGAUUGCUCUACAGUUGACCCUUGCAGCAGUAAUCCGUGUCUCUAUGGUGGUUCCUGUUCAAAUCAAGGCGCAAACUUUACCUGUCAGUGUAGGCCAGGGUUCAGAGGAAAUGACUGUUCUAUUAUUGAUCCAUGCAGUUUAAGGCCUUGUAAAUACGAAGGGAAAUGCAUAAAUCAUGGCUUUAAUUACACCUGUCAAUGUAAACCGGGAUUUAGAGGUGUUGACUGCUCUAUUAUCGAUCCUUGCAGCACAGAUCCUUGUAAGAACGGAGGCUCAUGUACAAAACAAGGAACAGAUUUUGUAUGCAAAUGUAUUCCUGGUUUUAAAGGGAAAACCUGCGAUAUUGCUGAUCCUUGUGGCAGUAAACCAUGUUUAAAUGAUGGGGUGUGCAUAAAUGAAGGAACUUCUUUCAAAUGUAUAUGUAAGACAGCUUACAGUGGGUAUGUCUGUUCUGUAGUUGAUCCAUGUAGUAGCUCACCAUGUCUUUAUGGAGGCAAAUGUUCUAACCAAGGAACGAACUAUAUAUGUCAGUGUCAGCUGGGAUACACGGGAAACGAUUGUUCUACAGUUGAUCCAUGCAGCAGCAACCCUUGUCAUAAUGGAGGUAUUUGUUCUAACGUAAAUACAAGUUUUUCUUGUCAGUGUCAACCAGGGUACAGAGGAAAUGAUUGUUCGAUAGUUGAUCCAUGCUCUAGUAUCCCAUGUUUGAACGGUGCAACAUGCGUCAAUCAAGAAUCAGCAUAUAUGUGCCAAUGCCCAGCAGGAUUCAAAGGAAGAGAUUGUUCGAUCGUUGAUCCAUGCAGCAGUCAGCCAUGUCACAAUGGAGCCGUGUGUAUGAACAAGGGACGUAACUACAGUUGUCAAUGUUUACCGGGAUACAGAGGGUUCAAUUGUUCCAUAGUGGAUCCGUGCAGCAGUAAUCCCUGUCAGAAUAAUGGACAAUGUUCAAACAGGGACUCAGAUUUUGUAUGUCAAUGUCUGCCCGGCUACAGAGGAGUUGAUUGUUCCAUAACGGAUCCCUGCAGCAGCAGUCCAUGUACUAAUAAUGGAGAUUGUUCAAAUCAAGGAGAUGAUUAUAAGUGCAAAUGUCUUCCUGGUUAUCGGGGAAAGAAUUGCUCUAUAGUUGAUCCAUGUAGCAGUGAUCCUUGUGAAAAUGGAGGAACGUGUACAAAUAAUAACACAGAUUUCAUAUGCCAGUGUCCACCGGGAUUUCAAGGAACUAACUGCGCCCUUGUUGAGCCAUGCAGCAGCAGACCCUGUAAGAAUAAGGGGAUAUGUUCGAACCACGGAACAAAUUAUACGUGCCAGUGCUUACCAGGAUUUAGAGGCGAUAAUUGUGAUAUAGUCGAUCCAUGUAGCAGUGGGCCAUGUAAUAAUGGAGGAAACUGUUCAAAUCAAGGAUCGACAUACCAAUGCAACUGCCUUCCGGGAUUUACAGGACAAGAAUGCGAAAUAGUUGAUCCUUGCAGCAGUAAUCCAUGCAAAAACGGAGGUGAAUGCAUGAAGCAAGGAAAGAACUUCAGCUGUGAUUGUGAACCAGGAUAUAGAGGAUAUGAUUGCUCAAUAGUCGAUCCAUGUAGUAGUGAUCCAUGCGAAAAUGAUGGAAAAUGUACAAACGCCGGCCACAAUUUCACAUGUAAUUGUAAUCAAGGUUUCAGAGGAACAGUUUGUUCUAUAAUUGAUCCAUGUGGUAUUAAACCGUGUCAAAAUGGAGCGCUAUGUUCAAACAAAGGAUCGAACUUUACAUGUCAUUGUCUACCAGGGUUUGUAGGAGAAACAUGCGAAAUAUACGAUCCUUGCAGUAGUGAUCCUUGCCAAAAUGAAGGAAUUUGCACAAAUGAAAACUCAACCUUUAGCUGCUUGUGCAUGCCUGGAUAUACGAAAUCAGAUUGUUCCGUUGUCGAUCCAUGCAGCAGUAGUCCAUGUGAAAACGAUGCACAAUGUAUAAAUGCUGGAUCAUCCUUCACUUGUAUAUGUAAACCAGGAUUCCGAGGAAAUAUUUGUCUUAUCGUUGAUCCCUGCAGCAGUGGACCGUGUCAAUAUGGCGGAACAUGCACAAACAAUGGAUCAAAUUAUACAUGCGAUUGCAAACCUGGAUACAUUGGACAGAACUGUUCUGUAUUCGAUCCAUGUAGCAGUGAUCCAUGUCAAUAUGAGGGAACAUGCUUAAACCACGACACGACAUAUGAAUGUGCAUGCCAACCUGGAUACAGAGGGAAGGAUUGUUCAAUAGUCGAUCCCUGCAGCAGUAAUCCAUGCCAGAAUGAAGGACUCUGCACAAACGAAGGUUACAAUUUCACAUGUCAAUGUAUGGAAGGUUUUAGAGGAUCUCGCUGUGAAAUAGUUGAUCCGUGCAGCAGCAAUCCGUGUCAAAAUGGAGGCAUCUGUUCCAAUCAAGGAAAGAAUUUUACAUGUAAAUGCCCACCGACAUUUAAGAAAUUCGAUUGUUCUUUAAUUCAUCCGUGUGGUAGCAAUCCAUGUGAAAAUGGAGGUAUUUGUUUGAACAAUGGAUCAAAUUUUCUAUGCCAGUGUAAUCCAGGAUUUAGAGGAAAAGAUUGUUCCAUAGUUGAUCCGUGUAGUAGCAACCCGUGUGAUAAUGGAGGUAUAUGUUUAAACCGAGGACGUAAUUUCUCAUGUGAAUGCAAACCUGGUUUCAGGGGACAUAACUGUUCAAUAAUUGAUCCAUGCAGUAGUACUCCAUGUCAGAAUGGAGGAGAAUGCACAAACGUCGGGUCUACGUUUGUGUGUGACUGUGCAGUUGGUUACACACUUAGUAACUGCUCUGAAUUCAACCCUUGCCAGAGCGACCCCUGCCAAAACAACGGAAUAUGUAGUAUCACAGAAUCAGAUUACGUAUGUCAAUGUCUUCCAGGAUUCAAGGGACCUACGUGUUCAAUUAUUGACCCAUGUAGCAGUGGUCCAUGUCGAUAUGGUGGAAAAUGCUCAAAUCACGGAUCUGAUUUCAAAUGCAAGUGCAAACCAGGUUAUAGGGGAACACAUUGCUCAAUAAUUGACCCAUGUAGCAGCAAUCCAUGUAAACAUGAAGGAACAUGUUUCAAUAGGGGAAGUAAUUUUACAUGUAACUGCAAUCCUGGAUUUAGAGGCCUUACGUGUUCUAUUGUCGACCCUUGUAGUAGUAACCCGUGUCAAAAUGGUGGCAUUUGCUCAAACCAUGGAGAAAAUUAUACUUGCGAAUGUUUACAAGGAUACAAAGGAAAUGAUUGUUCAGUCGUUGCUCCAUGUGACAAGAAUCCGUGUUUGAAUAACGGCAUAUGUAAAAACAACGCAACGAAUUUCAUAUGUGACUGUCAAAUUGGAUAUAGCGGAGAGACCUGUUCUGAUGUUAUCCCCUGUGAUAGAGAGCCGUGUCAAAAUGAUGGAGAUUGUACAAACGAAGGAGCGGAUUACAGAUGUAAAUGUAAAGAGGGCUUCAAAGGAAAGGAUUGUGAAAUUGGUGAAUAUGAAUUCCUUAUAUCAUAUUUCUUUCAGCCCAUUUGA